AUGAGCAUUGUUCAAAUGCCAUCGAACAGAAUGUUUUGGAGUAAGGAGUUAUACUUUGAAAAAAUUGGAGAAUGCAACCCAAUGAAACCCAAAAAAUGGGGAUUUAAGAUUUAUGUUUUAUCAGGAGUAGAUGGUCUUGUACACAAUUUUGAAAUUCACACUGGCCCUAUUGAUGUGUGUCCUGGGCAACCUGAUUUAAAAGCAUUAGGAAACAUUGUAAUGAAUUUAUUAGUAAAUGUCUCAAGGCAAAAAUGGCAUAAGUUAUACUUCGAUAACUGGUAUACUAGUUUAGAAUUAGUCAAAACACUGUUUACACAGGGAAUUACAUGGGUUGGAACUAUAAUACCUAAAGUGUGCGGAGCUACUCAACCUGCACCAGCGGGCAUAACAGUUAUUAAAUUAGAAGCAGCUUUUAAAUUAGAAGCAGUUAUUAAAUUAGAAGCAGCUUUAGCAACUUCAAAUUCUAAGCCUGUUCAUUCGCCAAAUGUGGACCUUAUUGAAACAUCUGUGGUAACUCCCAUUGCAUGUACCAAGUCAUGUGGUCCAAAAAAGAUGGUUGUGUCAAUAACGGAUGCAAUAGAAAAUCAUCCUUUAAAAAAUAGCAUCAUUAUUGAGGCACAAAAAGCUGUAAUGGAUUAUGGCUUGCAUCGUCUUCUUGUCAAAGUAGCAUGCUCUUACUUAAUUGAUUGCUUCGGAAACUAUCCUCCACCAGAGCAUCAAUUAGCCAUGGCAAAAAGUAUUGUUUCAACUUUUAAGUUUAGGGCAUGUCGAAGCGGAAAUGGACAUGAAUUAUACUACUGUGCGGGUACAUCAAAGGGUUUUCUCACUAACCGUUUUAGAGAAAUUUAUCGUCGUUACCCAGCAGAUGUAAAAAAAUACCGUUCUCGCUGCAAAAAGAGUGAUGGGUUUAUUGCUGUUGGCGAUGACCCAGCGGAAAUAAGCAACGAAGAAUAUGAUUUAAUAAAGACAAAAUUGUUGCAUCUUAUUUAUAUAGACCGAAAUGAAAAUGAGAUUGUAGAACUGAUGAACAAAUCACGUUUAUGCAGGCAAUUGUGGAUCCGAAAUGAUUUACCGACAGCUAAUAGGAUACUUGAGGAAUUUCCAAGAUUUAUGGACACUCCAUUGUUGUUAAAUGAUGAAUUCCAAUCCAUUAAUCGAAGUUAUGUAGAAAAUAUUCCAGUUUUAUUGGAAACAAAAAUUUCGAAACAAAUAAUUGCAUACUGCAGGCUGACUGGCAAAUGCAUUGACAUUAUAGGUGACAUAGAUACUGAAGGGAACAGCAAUACAGAUGCAUUAGUACUAAAAUCUUUAAAAGCCCUUGUUUAUCUUUUGCCAACUAUGGGAAAAUAUCGUGUUUCACCAGGUGCAGCAAUGCUUUUCCUAAUUGAAGAACUAAAGGAAAGAUUUAUUUCGAAAUCUCAUUUGUUUCUUAAAUUAUAUACCAUUAGUAUAUAAUUUAAGAAACAAAUGAGAUAAUUUAAGAAACAAAUGAGAAAUCUAUACCAUUAGUAUAUAAUUGCAUACUUUUUUUUUCAGGACGGCGAGACACUCGAGUGUCUCGCCGUCCUGAAAAAAAAAGUAUGCAAUUUUUUAAAGUUUGAAGUAAAUCUAAUAGAACAAAAAUUAAACACAAGUAAAAUAACGAGAUAAAGAAGAUUGAACAGUUGUUAGUAUAAUUAAAUUUAAUACUUCCUUAAAAUUAUA